AUAUCAAUUUUCUCUAGUUUUUCCAAGGUUUCGUCCACACCUAGAUCGAACGAAAUGUUGGCUGUAAAGAUUUACUCAGUCGGAUUUCUUUUCGUGCUCGCCGCUCGAGGUAGCUUCCAAAACUCAGUUGAUUACAGAGGUAAAGAGUUCGUCUUGAGCUUCUCGCCUCAACUUCCAAGUUAUCUCUUUUCUGGAAACAAUAUACUCUACAUAUCCAGCUUCGAAAAUGGCACGGUUCGUGUCCACGUGCCUUCUCUCACGAACUCUCCAGAGAAGUCGUACGCCUUGUCAGCUGGAGGUUCAACAAUAGUUCAACUGUCGAGCAAUACACGCACAAAUGGCACCUCAGGACUAAAGAAAAAAAAAGGUAUCCGAAUCACGGCCGACAAGCCCAUGUCUGUGCAGGGAUUAGCAAAUGCGACCCAAAAAGUAGAAGGGUUUCUUGGGUUGCCUGUGGAUGCUCUUGGUAUGUUUUACAUAGCAGCGGCUUAUCACCCAGUGAUCAAUGCUGUAAUUCAGGUCGUAGCGAUUGAGGAUAACACCACUGUCACGAUUACAUUGCGAACGAACGGCAAAGUACAGUACCAGGAUAAUUGGUAUGGAAACGGUCAAAUCAUAAGCGAAACUUUAAAUGAUUUAGACGUGUUUCAAGUUCUGGCUGAACAGGAUCUCACAGGCACCAUUAUAAGGUCGUCAAAGCCAGUCGCAGUAUUUACUGGGGAUGACUGCACCCUGGUGCCUGUAAAUAAACCGCCAUGCAAUCACCUGGUGGAGCAGAUACCCCCUGUAUCCCUCUGGGGGAAAUUUUUUGUUACCAACCCCACGCCUAACAGCCCAGGGGGAGACGAAUUUCAUAUAAUAGCGUCUCAAAAUACUGCAGUUUAUGUUGAUUCUCAAUACAAAGGGAUUUUAGACCAAGGAGAGAAAUAUAAGAUCGAUGUAUCAUGGAACAAGUCCUCGGUGAUCAGUACUACUCAACCGAGUCUUGUGAUGCAAUACUCCAAAGCAGGAAAAAGCCCUUCCAUGAAUGUAGUACCUCCAAUGCAGUCUUUCACUAACGACUACACAGUUUAUGUUCCUCAAGAUGAACAAGGAAACACUUUUGACUGCUAUGUAAAUGUCAUUAUUGACACUGCUUCACGAAGCGGUCUUCGCGUGAAGGGUGCAGACAGCGUUGUCAAGAACUGGACCACAAUUCUUGGUUCUGGAGGGUUCUCAAGAGCUUCGAUUCAUUUGACCAGUGUUGGUUCCUACCAUGUGUACCACGAAAACCCGCUGUCAACAUUUUCUGCAGUUUUUUACGGAAUGAAUCGCAAUGGAAUGUUGUUUGCUAUGCCGGCUGGGAUGGAACUGCCACGGCAGUCACUGGACGAUACUUGUAAGCCCACAAACACUGUGGGUGGAGACAACAUUGAUAAUGAUUGCGAUGGUCUCACGGAUGAAGAAUUAAAGAAUGGAGUUGAUGAUGAUUCAGAUGGUGUGGUUGAUGAAGACUUAGCCACGCCGGUACCUACAUUAACCACGCCCAAAAAUUUCGUGACAACCUUAUGCAAUAGAUCAUCUGAUGUGUUCAAUGCAGGUACCGCAUCGGGCUCAGCUUACGGCGCAUGUCUGGCUCGUGGAGAAGCCAAAAUCUCGCACAUGGAUAAUAUCGUGACUAACAACACGUGUGGGCGCAUAACCGACCGAGUGUGGAAUAUUACAGAUUCUUGUGGUAAUUCUGUCACGGGCAUCCAGCGUGUAACGGUAUAUACCCCAGAGGAGCCGACCAUAGUCCUUCCGAAAGACAUCGUCUUCACUUGUAGGGAGAAGAAGUAUCUUGAUCCAAAGUUUGCAGGACAGGUUACAGUGACCAAUACAAACUUGUGUCCGAGGAAUGUGACAAUAACCUACGUUGACAGAUACAAAGAUGACUGUUUAAAUUCAAACAGGGAAGGGAGGCUGGAGCGAAUUUGGACCGUGAAAGACAAAUGUAAAGGGAGUCAAACAAAGUCACAAGUUAUCAUCCUUGUACCAAAAGUUCACCUGUUUUUAGGGUUGAGAAGAUCAGCUAACUAUGUUGUGUCAUUCAAACUAACGAACGAGAUGUUUUCGGCCGAACUUCAAGACAUGGAAUCUCCUGCCUUCAAAUCCCUCUCAAGGGGUUUGGAACUUGAGCUGGAAAAGACAUUUAUGGAAUCGAAAUCAAUACUUGGACAAUUUUUUGUAGCAGCAACCGUUCUUGAUUUCAGCAAUGGUAGUGUUAUUCCAAGAGUGCUCAUUAAAAUCGAUGCACAAGCUCAAAUCAGUCAGUGGCAGUUGGUCGAAUUCAUGAAUGAAACUCUGAAAAGUGGCAUGCUUGGACAAUACCAGGUGGACCCCACAUCAGUUGAGUUGACAGACUUUGAUGAGUGCCAAGCACCUGAUCUCAACAACUGUCACAAAAAGGCUAAAUGUACCAACACUGUAGGUUCAUAUAACUGUUCUUGCCUUAAAGGAUUCAUUGGGGACGGUGUCCUUUGUCAAGACUCAGUUGAUUACAGAGGUAAAGAGUUCGUCUUGAGCUUUUCGCCUCAACAUCCGAGGCAUCCUUUUUCUGGAAACAAUAUACUAUACAUAUCCAGCUUUGAAGAUGGCACGGUUCGUGUCCACGUGCCUUCUCUCACGAACUUUCCAGAGAAGUCGUACGCCUUGUCAGCUGGAGGUUUAACAAUAGUUAAACUGUCUGGAAAUACACGCACGAAUGGCAACUCAGGACUGGAGAAAAAAAAAGGUAUCCGAAUCACGGCCGAUAAACCCAUGUCUGUGCAGGGAUUAGCAAAUGCGACCCAAAAAGUGGAAGGGUUUCUUGGGUUGCCUGUGGAUGCUCUUGGUAUGUUUUACAUAGCAGCAGCAUAUCACCCCGUGAUCAAUGCUGUUAUUCAGGUCGUAGCGACAGAGGAUAACACCACUGUCACGAUUAAAUUGCGAACGAGCGGUAGAGUACAGUAUCAGGAUAAGUGGUAUGGAGACGGUCAGGUCAUAAGCGAAACUUUAAAUGAUUUAGACGUGUUUCAAGUUCUGGCUGAUCAGGAUCUCACAGGCACCAUUAUAAGGUCGACAAAGCCAGUCGCAGUAUUUACUGGGGAUGACUGCACCAUGGUGCCUGAAAAUAAACCGCCAUGCAAUCACCUGGUGGAGCAGAUCCCUCCCGUAUUCCUCUGGGGGAAAAUGUUUGUUACCAACCCGACGCCUAACAGCCCAGGGGGAGACGAAUUUCAUAUAAUAGCGUCACAAAAUACAGCAGUUUAUGUGGAUUCUCAAUACAAAGUGACGUUAGACCAAGGAGAGAAAUAUAAGAUCGAUGUAUCAUGGAACAAGUCCUCGGUGAUCAGUACUACUCAACCGAGUCUAGUGAUGCAAUACUCCAAAGCCGGAAAAAGCCCUUCCAUGAAUGUAGUACCUCCAAUGCAGUCUUUCACUAACGACUACACAGUUUAUGUUCCUCAAGAUGAUCAAGGAAACACUUUUGACUGCUAUGUAAAUGUCGUUAUUGACACUGCUUCACGAAGCGGUCUUCGCGUGAAGGGUGCAGACAGCAUUGUCAAGAACUGGACCGUAAUUCCUGGCUCUGGAGGGUUCUCAAGAGCUUCGAUUCAUUUGAUCAGUGAUGGUUCCUAUCAUGUGUACCAUAAAAACCCGCUGACAACAUUUUCUGCAGUUUUUUACGGAACGAAUCGCAAUGGAAUGUUGUUUGCUAUGCCGGCUGGGAUGGAACUGCAACUGCAGUCACUGAACGAUACUUGUAAGCCCACAAACACUGUGGGCGGAGACAACAUUGAUAAUGAUUGCGAUGGUCUCACGGAUGAAGAGUUAAAGAAUGGAGUUGACGAUGAUUCAGAUGGUAGGGUUGAUGAAGACUUAGUCACGCCAGUGCCUACAUUAACCACGCCCAAAAAUUUCGUGACAACCUUAUGCAAUAGAUCAUCUGGUGUGUUCAAUACAGGUACUGCAUCGGGCUCAGCUCACGGCGUAUGUAGGGCUCGUGGGGAAGCUAAAAUCUCACACAUGGAUAAUAUUGUGAAAAACAAGGCGUGUGGGCACAUAACCGACCGAGAGUGGAUUAUUAUAGAUUCUUGUGGUAAUUCUGUCACGGGCAUCCAGCGUGUAACGAUAGAUACCCCAGAGGAGCCGACCAUAGUCUUUCCGAAAGAUAUCGUCUUCACCUGUAGGGAGAAGAAGUAUCUUGAUCCAAAGUUUGCUGGGCAGGUCUCAUUGACUAGUGCUAACAAAUUGUGUCCGAGGAAUGUGACAAUAACCUACGUUGACGGAUACAAAGAUGACUGUUUAAAUUCAAACAGGGAAGGGAGGCUGGAGCGAAUUUGGACCGUGAAAGACAAAUGUAAAGGGAGUCAAACAAAGUCACAAGUUAUCAUCCUUGUACCAAAAGGGUUGAGAAGAUCCACUAACUAUGUCGUGUCAUUCAAAAUAACGAACGAGAUGUUUUCGGCCGAACUUCAAGAUAUGGAAUCUCCUACCUUCAAAUCCCUCUCAAGAGGUUUGGAACUUGAGCUGGAAAAGACAUUUAUGGGGUCGAAAUCAAUACUUGGACAAUUCUUUGUAGCAGCUACCGUUCUUGAUUUCAGCAAUGGUAGUGUUAUUCCAAGAGUGCUCAUUAAAAUCGAUGCACAAACUCAAAUUAGUCAGCGGCAGUUGGUCGAAUUCAUGAAUGAAACUCUGAAAAGUGGCAUGCUGGGAAAAUACCAGGCGGACCCCACAUCAAUUGAGUCGACAGACUUUGACGAGUGCCAAGCUCCCGAUCUCAACAAUUGUCACGAAAAAGCUAAAUGUAUUAACACUGUUGGUUCAUAUAACUGCUCUUGCCUGAAAGGAUUCGUUGGGGAUGGUGUCCUUUGUCAAGCACCACCUUCAAUCAGCUACAUUGAUCCAGCAAUGGAAAUUGGCACCGAAGAAAACGUGACACUUGCUUGUCACGCUGAAGGUCUUCCAGAACCAAAUAUCACUUGGGUAACACCAGACAAACAAUUGGUGACAGCAGCAAGUGAUAUUUUAGAAACAUCAACCCUUGACGAUGGUAGCAAAUAUGUACGAGGCAAAAAAAUGCAACAAGAUGGUUCGCUAUUGAUUUACAACACCCGUGAUAACGAUGGCGGUAUUUACAAAUGCAUCGCUGAGAAUGGCGUGGGAAGGGAUGUCAAAAGUGUCAACGUCACAGUGAGAGAUGACCUCGUGGGAGUCGAUGCCGCCAUUACCAUUGAGGAUCAAGUAUUUGAUCAAGAUUUGGAAAAUAAAUCUUCUACGAGAUACCAGACAUUAGAGCAGCAAGUGAAGCAAGAGUUAACUGCCUUGUUCCAGGAUAUUGAAGGAUUCGAAGAGGUUAUCAUUCUUGGAUUUGUGAAUGGCAGCGUGAAAGUACGUUUCCGUGUUGUUGUGAUUGUGAAACCUGAGGAAAAAAAGACAACGGUUGUUGCUAACAAAGUUGGUAAAACUCUCAGUGCCAGUGUGCAAAGUGGUCAGAUAGGCAGUCUUAAAGUGAAGAAAAAGGUUGAGUUACGAGAACUUCCUCCACCACCCGAAAAUGUUCGAGCGAGUGAUGUUGAACGAACUGAAGCCGUCAUAACCUGGUCGCAUCCCGAACUUUAUCAAAUGUACUCUAUUAAUGGAUACUCGCUACAAAUCAGACAAUUUGGAACAAACACGUGGCUCCAUUUUACAUCCACUCCGGGCGAAAACCACAGGAUAACCAACCUCGAUCCCGAUACUGCUUACUUCGUGAGGUUGAAAUCAAAAAACGAGUACGGUAUGGGGGAACCGAGUACUAAUGGAGAACUCAAAACUAAAAAAGAAAAAAAUGUCGCCGAAUUAGUAUUACCCAUUGUGAUCUCGUUGUUACUGAUUAUAAUACUGGCAAUUGUGGUAGUAAUUGUCUACAGAAGAUGGAAAAAGAAACGACAAAACUCAGGAUAUUUAAACGAUGGAGAACAAGUACCAAUGAAUCCUGUAACACUAGAUACGCAAAAUCAUUCUGAAGCUGAGAAUGGACGAUUUACGACUUCCACUUUUGGUAGAGAUCGCUAUGCUCUCGUCCCUGGUGGAGAACCGAACAACACAAGCACACCAAUCGAUAUCCAAGCCUCGUUUUCAUGGCGUGAAAUACCACGUGACCGUAUCAUUCUUGGCAAAAUUCUUGGAGAAGGCGAGUUUGGAACAGUGGUAAAAGGAGAGUUGACUGAAGAUGACGGGAAUGUUAUAACAUGUGCUGUCAAAAAGUUAAAACGUACUGCCACAGAAAGUGACCUCAAAGAUUUGUUGAAUGAAUUGGAAAUUAUGACGUCAGUAGGAAACCACCCCAAUUUGGUUAAUCUUAUCGGCGCAUGCUCAGUUGCAGGACCUUUGUUGGUUGUCGUAGAAUUUGCCGAACACGGGAACCUGUUACGUCAUCUUCGGGAUCGCCGAAAGCAAAAUUACGAUGACAUGAACGAGUAUACCUUAGAGAUAAGCUUCACGGAAAGACUGAGGAUAGCGUGCGAAGUGAGCGACGGGAUGAAACAUCUUGCUGCUAUGAAGUGUGCACACAGGGAUCUGGCGGCGAGAAAUGUUCUCCUUGGAGAAGGAAUGGUGGCCAAAGUGUCGGAUUUUGGUCUGUCACGUGACAUCUACACGGACAAUGUGUAUGAGAAGAAAACUGGGGGGAAACUUCCAGCUAAAUGGAUGGCGGUUGAAUCACUGGAGCAAGGAAUUUACACUAGUCAAAGUGACGUAUGGUCAUUUGGUGUCCUACUAUGGGAAAUUGAAACUGGAGGUUGUGCUCCGUAUGCUGGUGUGGCCUCGAGCGAACUGCUGCCGAAGCUUAAAGCGGGUCAUCGUUUGGAUAAACCCCGUUAUUGCACUGACUGGCUAUAUGCAAUAAUGCUUCGUUGCUGGAAUGCAAAUCCUAAGGCGAGGCCAAAGUUUGAGGACCUGAGUGAUGAACUUCACCGAAUGCUCAAUCAACAAUCAGAUUAUUUGACCCCAGAGGAUUACAAAGGGGAAUCAAGUUAUGUGAACACUUCAAGAGAAAACAUAUCGGCUUAACUCAGUCUUCUCUGGAAGUGGAGGCUCCGACGCGUGAAAUUUUGUACAGAGUUUAGCAGUGUACUAAUCCUAAUUUGAAAUCAUCUCUAGGGCAUUGAUAGAAUGGCUAUUUUAUUCUCAGGCUCUAGAAGCUGAUUUAUUUUUAAACAUGUUGCUAUGGUUCACGAUGCAAUGAUUUCGGUGAAAUACGCAGCCUUUUUUUACUGAAGGUCGUUGCUUUUCUUGAAUCUGUGGACUAUGAGUUGAGGAAUUUAGGGUAGGAUUCUAAAGAUUUGUCCUGUAAGUUUUAACUUCGUAAACCUCAUCCUGAGCAGUUUUGAGUUGUUUCUAUUAUGUAUGAAACGAGCUCACUUUGGUGUGCUCUUGUAAUCUGACCCAGCUACCUUCACAAAUGUGUUAGUUUUUUUUGUCACACGGUAGUCCAUUGUAAAAUUGCAUGCCUGGUUGCUAAGCCUUUGAACAAGAAUGAGGCCAAGAUUGACCUUGUUAUGAUACAAACCUUGCUGCUUUUCAGAUGUAAAUUACUUUGUUAUCAUGCUAACUAGAUAUUGGUCUCUAUUACAACAAGGUCAUCUUCAGCCUCACUUCAAAUCAAAGGCUUGGCAACUAAGUACAGAACUGUAAAAUGGCGUAUUAGAGCAAAGGAAUCAUCAUAGGGGUUUGACUUUGCAUCUGAUUGGUUAAGAAGGUAAUACGAGUUUUCUAGGUCAAUCAAAGACAGAAAUAGUUAAACCAAUACAAUUUCCAAUUUUUUUCGAUACUAAUAUGAAUAUUUCUGUCUCAAUUAUAAUUACUCUGGUGUCUCGUUCCUAAUAACUAACCAGGGAAUUUUCAAAUGUUAGUGGUAAGUUAGAGAAAGCAAACAAAUUUCGUAGAGUACGACAUCAAUAUCGAAAUCAGUUUGAUAUUGAGUUACAAAUCUUUUUCUAGCAAUGACAGAAUAAAUCACAAGAUCACUUUGUUUACUUCUUUGACUGAUACAGCGAAAGGAACAGUUCAAAGAAAAUAUGCUUGUGACUUCAACAGUUCAGUUUUAGUAAUUCAGUAAUUAUUUACUACGAAGUAUAGAAAUUAUAUUCGAAUAUCAGCAAAUUAAUUUGAAAGAACAUACGUAUUGAGCUGUAGAGCAUAGCUUUUUUUCGAACAAUUGUAAAUAAAAUUAGAAA